GGUCGAAGGGGAGCAGAUUCGUCAGUGUGCGCGCGCGCGCGUUCGGAUUGUCGCGCCGCCAAACAGGACCAAGUGGGAGUGCACGCUACUUUUUUUUUGUCUCUAUUUUAAGGAAUUCGGCAUCGAGUUGCACCUUUAAAAUGCGCGGACAUGAAUGAAACCCACGGGAUCGGGUCGCUGAAGGAGAAAUGCACCGUGACGGGCGUUUACCGCGUGUUUUUUCGGCGUGUUUUUCCUAACAGGUAGUGGACGUCAGCGGUCGGUCAGGGUGCCUCUAGGAGACUGAAUAUCCCGCUUUGUAAUCUCUUGACAGCCUUUUUUAACCCAUCUGUGGCUCGACGGAGGCAGCUGGAAAACACGGUGCUCUCCACAGGAAAAUGCACAGCGUGUUUUUAGGUCGUUUGGGGCCAGUUUUCGCCAUUUAUAAAAGGUAUCAGCCGCUGGUGGAUAUGAAGAAGGAACACAUUGUGGAUUAGGAUCUUAUUUCAUUAUUUUUMAAUUUUUUUAUUUUAAAUUUUUGUGAAGUUGGGGCUUCAUGAUCCUCAUCUCAAUGUGGACUCUAAAGGACAUCUUGCCUUUUCUGUGCUUUGAAAUGAAAUGAUGGCAGCACGUUGGAGUGAGUCACCCCAGGAUAAUGAAGAGCAUAAACACACUUUCUUGUGUCAGUCCAAGCAGAAGGAUGGGCGCGAUCAGAGCGAGGCGUCGGCCCCCAUCUCUCCUGGGGGAGAGGAGGAGCCGUUCUGCUGGCCGGGGCCGAAGACGCUCCAGCUGCGACGGACCUCCCAGGGCUUUGGCUUCACGCUGCGCCACUUCAUCGUCUACCCACCUGAGUCUGCCGUUCACAACUCGAUAAAGGAUGAUGAAAAUGGCAGCAGAGGGAGACAGAGAAACCGUCUGGAGCCAAUGGACACGAUUUUUGUGAAGCAAGUGAAGGAGGGAGGCCCCGCUCAUGGAGCUGGACUCUGUACAGGGGAUCGGAUUGUGAAAGUGAACGGAGAGAGCAUCAUCGGGAAGACUUACUCACAAGUCAUAGCCUUGAUCCAGAACAGUGAUUCCUCUUUGGAACUCUGUGUCAUGCCCAAAGAUGAGGACAUUUUGCAGCUGUUUUCCAGGGAUAUCACUGCUCUGGCAUAUUCUCAAGAUGCAUACCUCAAAGGAAAUGAGGCAUACAGCGGAAAUGCCCAGAACAUCCCUGAGCCCCCUCCCAUAUGCUACCCUCGAAUAGAGCUCAAGGCUGCAGGCAUGGCCCAGUCGUUGGAGCCUGCCACAGUCAGCGAUACUCCCAAAGGGCUGGCACAGGGACCAAGAAGACGAGGGGCUGCCUUAGAGAACAGCUAUCGAGUGGAAAUUCCAGUUCCUCCGUCUCCCCCUCUUCAGCCGUCAUCAAAGACUCAGGCAGUGGUGUGUGUCAGUAACGAGAAUGUGAGGACUCUGGGUAAAUCCCCUGAUCCAGUGGACAGGGGUUCCUGGGUGGCUCGGGCUGAACCCAGCCACAGGACAGAAGAAAACUGGUACAGUUCUUCAGCAGAGUGUGCCUCCAAUAGACCCGGACUCAUCAUUUCUACAGUCCCUGGGGGUGUACAGUUGCAGUACCCCUCUUCCCAUCACACAGAAACCCCCAACUACUCCCCAUCGACUUCCAGACCUGGUGGGGUUUAUUCUGAGACAUUAGCCCCACCUGUACGAGCAUCUCUUACUGCUGCAUCAGCAGACACGUUCUCCACACCCUCUACAAACCACUACUCACCCUCUCCUACCGCCCCCUCCACCUCUCCUCACCAGAACAUUGACUGGAGAAACUACACCACCUAUAAGGACUAUAUUGAUGCCAAAAGGCUGCACACGUAUGGCUGCCGCACCAUCCAGGAGCGCUUAGAUAGUUUGCGAGCAGCUGCCAACUCUAACUCUGCUUAUGCCCAACAAAGUACUCCUCUAUCAAGUAAUAGUCAAAAAGCGGGCUCUCAGGUCAGACGGAGGAGUGCAUCUAAUGAUCGUGGGGGGGAUACAGGAAGUCAGGGUACUGCACUCAUAACUCCAAUUCGCAGCGUGUCUCAGGAGAGGCUAGGAGGUGCAACGGAGAGGCCUAUUAGGAACUGGCCUCGAAGUGCUUCUCAGGAUGCGCUGCCUUUCUCCAACACUGUCAGAGUCCUCAAACCUCGAGCACGGUCUUGUGACUACCUGGGCCAGCAAGUCAGAGACCAAGAUGGGGUUGUUUCUGGAGACAGGGGAGCAGUGGAGGACAGGCUGCUCCUCUGCGAUGGAGAUCAAAAACAAGCAAAAAGUCAGGAAGCAAGCCAGAAAACUUUACCUCAUCUGAGCAGGAAUCUCACUGGACAGGAAGAGGAAGUCCGACAAGAUGGACUAGUGAACUCACCUGGAGCUACUCCUGAUUUUACAAAGUGUACGACAGAUUCUGCACUACCAUUAAGGACAGACGGUCUCAUAAUGAGACCCUCUCGUCUGCCUGUCAAAAACUCUAUCUCAGACCUUUCUCCUGCCUUACCUUCCAUUAAAACCACAGACCCUUUUAAAGACCAAAAAGCUACCAUCAUGGGGAACCACCUUGGCUUUUCGUCCCCUCUGAACCUGCAGCUCAGGGGCAGGGCUGACAGUCUGAAAAUGGACAACAGGUUAGAGUCUGGGUUAGCAGCCAGAUCCUCAUCUUGCUCUGGUUCCACCUCCAAACUGCCCAUGCACAGACAACUUCAAAGUGGAGUUAUCACCAUUUCUUCAUGUUCAUCCUCUUCUACUGGAGCCAUAACCCAAAAGCCAAAUGUCAAAGAAACCUCUAGUUCUACAAGUGCCCUUGAGAGGACAAAUGGUGGUCUUUUAGAGGGAUUGGAAGGACCUGAUGCAACUGUUGUGGUUCUAAGAACAAACAAAACCUCUGGACAAGCCCAUGUUCGACCUCCAUCCUAUGUAUUAGCUGUAAACGACAACCAGAGUAAGGUGAUGCGUAAAUCCCCGCCCCUGGUGAAGGCAGGCUCUGCAGACGGAGCCAUGUGUUGGAUGUCUAACGAGAGCUGCAGGGAGAUGCGCUUCAAGAGGCUUGGAGACACUCGACAAACAUCUGGCUCCAAAAACCUGGACGACUCUCUAGAUUCAAUUCCCUUCAUAGAUGAACCAUCCAGUCCCAGCAUUGACCUGGACAGCGCACACAUUCCCGCCUCUGUUGUUAUUUCUGCAGCGCCCCUCAUCGCCACCRUCCCACCCAGCCCGACAUCUUCAUCCCAUCACAUUUUACGCCAGCUGUCACAUGACCAAGACUCUGGUACCAAAACUGAACGGUCCAGGUCGUAUGAUGAAGGCAUCAAUAACUACCAGGAGGAAGGCAGAGGGAGGUCCUUGUUACCUGGCCUGAAAGGUUUGAGGAAGGCUGUGGACAGGUCAUCAGAUGAUUCRGAGUCCAGGAGAGACUCCUCGUCAGACGUCUUCUGUGACGCCACCAAAGAGGGUUUCUUGCAUUUCAAGCAGCUUCAUACAGAUAAGAGCAAGCGUGUGGGCGGAGGUAUGAGGCAGUGGAAGCAGAUGUACGCCGUGUUGCGAGGCCACUCCCUUUGCCUGUACAAAGACAGGAAGGAGGGCCAAGCUCACGCCAGCUGUCAAACCGCGGACGAGCCGCUGCAGAUCAGCAUCAAGGCCUGUCUGAUUGACAUCUCCUACAGCGACACAAAGCGUAAGAACGUGCUGAGGCUCACCACGUCCAACUGCGAAUACCUGUUCCAGGCUGAGGACCGAGAGGACAUGCUGGCCUGGAUCAGGGUCAUACAGGAGAGCAGCAACCUGGAUGAGGAGAAUGCAGCCUUCACCAGUCAUGACCUGAUCAGCAGGAGGAUCAAGGAGUACAACACCUUGAUGAGCCCAACUGGAAGCAAAACAGAGCCGUCACCCAGAGCUUCACGCCAGUCGCUGAGCAUCAGACAGACUCUGCUGGGGGGGAAAGAGAGCAAAGCUACGAGCCCGCACUCGCCUAAACCCGAGCAGGAGAAGAAGAACAUGCACAAAGAUGACACCAGUCCACCCAAGGAUAAAGGGACGUGGAGGAAAGGCAUCCCAGGGCUGAUGAGGAAACCUUUUGAAAAGAAGCCGUCUCCUGGAGUGACGUUUGGAGUGAGACUGGAUGACUGUCCUCCUGCACACAACAACAAGUUUGUGCCACUGAUUGUGGAGGUUUGCUGUAAGCUGGUGGAGGAGAGGGGCUUAGAGUACACAGGCAUCUACAGAGUCCCCGGAAACAACGCUGCCAUCUCCAACAUGCAGGAAGAGCUCAACAACAAGGGCAUGACUGAUAUCGACAUCCAGGAUGAUAAAUGGAGAGACCUCAAUGUGAUCAGCAGCUUACUGAAGUCUUUCUUUCGUAAACUUCCUGAGCCUUUGUUCACUAACGAUCGAUACACAGAUUUCAUAGAUGCCAACAGAAUAGAGGACCCAGUGGAGAGGCUUAAAGUGCUCAAAAGGCUGCUUCACGAGUUACCAGAUCAUCACUAUGAGACACUCAAGUUCCUCUCAGCUCAUCUGAAAACUGUGGCUGGAAACUCAGAAAAAAAUAAGAUGGAACCGAGGAACCUGGCCAUCGUGUUCGGUCCCACGCUGGUGCGCACCACUGAUGACAACAUGACCCAUAUGGUGACACACAUGCCGGACCAGUACAAGAUAGUGGAGACACUCAUUCAAAAUUAUGACUGGUUUUUCACUGAAGAUGGAAAUGGAGAUCCAGUGACUGUGUCCCAGGAGGAGAGCGCCAUCGAGUCUCAGCCCGUCCCCAACAUCGACCACCUGCUCACCAACAUCGGGCGGACGGGCACGUCGCAGGGUGACGUAUCAGAUUCUCCAGCUAGUGACUCAGCCAAAUCAAAGGAAAGAGAGCUCCUGGUCACCUCCAUCUUUGCUGCAGCCAGCCGCAAAAGAAAGAAAAAGGAGAAGCCGCAUCCUAGCAGCUCAGAUGAUGAUCUCGAUUCUGUGUUCCUCAAAAUGGAAAUCCCCGGCCUGAAGCCGGACCACCACAUCGAGYCGCGGGACGAGGCUGGUCCCAGCCCUGACGUGACACCCGCUGUGAUGCAGCAAGAGGAGAGGAAGGAGAACGGAAGGGCUGUGGAGCUCACGUCUAAAGCCAAAAGAGAGCACAGAAACUCCCUCCUCCUCAAGGAGAAGACUCCUCCCAGACACCUCUCACCUUUGCCCUCCUCAAACAUCUGUUCCCACAUCAGCRACCAAACAGCUGCUCCUGGGAGGUCCUCUCUGUCGGAUCCCCCGUCCCAACUGGAUGAAAACAACUCCGACCUCGGGACCAUGAGCUCCGGAGUGUCCGUCACGCGUUCACGACCCAAGAAGUGGACCGGAGGAGCUCCCCUCGACGUGCCCGUGAGCGCCGGGCUCGGAGGCGGCGCUGGGAYGGCCGCCGGAGCCGAGGUUAGCUCCAUCACCUCCGACUACUCCACCACCUCCUCCGUCACGUUCCUCACCAACGCAGAGUCGAGCGCGCUCAGCCCCGAGCCGCAGGGAGGGGAGGAAGCCGACGACGAGCGCAGUGAGCUCGUCAGUGAGGGGCGGCACAUGGAAACCGACAGCGAGGGUGAAUUCCCGGUAUUCGCCCCGGGAGGAGGCGACAGCCAGUCCACGCCCCGCCCAGAGCCGAGCCGGAAGAUGGCGGAGGUGAGAGGCGACGGGGACGCGGCCAAGGGGAGCACCGCUGCCAAACAGGAAGCCCGGCGCCUUUUUCCAACGCACAGGAUGAUCGAGUGCGACACCCUCUCUAGGAGGUGGUCCCUGAGACACAAAACGGACAGCGACUCAUCAGCAGAGGGCGCCGCGGGGAGCGGGGACCGCAGCGAAGGCAAGGCCGAGCCCUCCGGUCGGCUGUCUCGGGUUCUGGAGGCGAUGAGGAAAGGCCGGUCGACGAGCAGCAUCAGCUCGUCUUCACGCAGCGAGUCGGAGCGCGCGGAGCCGGCCUGGCACCUGAAAAUCACAGAGCGGCUGAAGCUCAGGGCGCGGCCGUCCGCCGACGACACGUUCGCCCUGAAGGGCCGAGGCUCCGACGCCCGCAGCAAGAAGAAGAACAUCCGGCGGAGGCACACCCUGGGCGGGCAGAGAGACUUCGCUGAGCUGGCGGUUAUUAACGACUGGAGGGAGCAGGGCGGYGUGGACCAAACGGCCGACCUGUCCCCUCUGGACCACCUCAAGCCCACAUUCUCCUCGCAGGACUUCUCCGUCCGAGACUGGAUCUCCAAGGAGCGGCGCAGGAGCUCCCAGCUGAACGCAGGUGCUGCGCCGAAAGCCGUGCCCGAGGACGAUCCCCCCGACACUCCCGACGCCGCCCCUGAAAACCCUCCRCCUCCUCCGCCCGCCGACGCUCGGCCGGAGGAGCAGGUGAACGGCAGCAGGCUGCAGGAUAAAAGCAGAGCCUCGCUGGGAACAGACGCUCAUCCGCACAAACUCUCCGGAGGACACGUCGUGCGCUCACGGUUCUACCAGUACCUGUGAGACGACAAGAGGUGACGCCACUGCGUGAGGAGAAACAACCUGUGUGUGUGCGUGCGUGCGUGCGUGCGUGCGUGUGUGUGUGUGUGUGUGUUUGUGUAUUUUAGCACAAUAUUUUUUCUAUGAAGUAUACUUGUCUUCUGUAAAUACUGUGUAUAAGCUUAUAUGAUUGUUACUAAGAGAUGUUUAUGUGCGUAAUUCUCUGCCAUACUGGAACAGACACAGAAACAAACCCUGAACUUCCUCUGCAGGACUGAAUGACUCUUCUAUAAAUAUGUACAUGAAAUAAAUAAGGCUCGUUUUACAGCACUGUUGUAAAGACUGAGGAAUCACAGUUUAGUUCUUCCUCAUUCAAAGUGGUAUGACGAAUGUACUACUCUUUCUUGGUCUAAUAUUAGAUGCUCGAGACAAAACUUUCUUUUUUAAAUAUAUAUGUGAGGUUUUUAUUUCUGUUUGUACUUGAAGUACGUAGAUAAAUUGAAGGCUGCUUUCUGAGCUGGGUGCUGUGGGAAAUUUGUUGUUUUUUUCACAGCACAUUCACAACAGCCAGAUAUUAGCUAGAAGGACUGGAAGAUUGUUAUAGUUUUAUCAAAUAAAAGAAAAAACAAACAGAAAAACAGUAAUGAAAUGCUGAUUCUAUAGUAUGUAAUGCCUGGUACAGUAGGUUUUAUUUCCAAACUUUGUCAAGUUAUAGUGCAAAUGCGAUGUUUUUACAUGUGCACAUUGUUUUUAUCCUAUAAAGAGAAGUGCCUUUUUUAUUUUCUUUAAGAAAAACCUGUUUGUAAUAGACAUUUGUCAAGAACAGAAGGAUUGUUCCAACAAAAAAGUCGCUAUCAUUCCUGAUUCAUGUCCUGUUUUUACUCAAACCCAUAGCAACUUCUUGUUUUGUAUUUAGAUUAAAUUAAUUUCUUUACUUCUCCUGUUUUUUCUUCAAGUAAAUAAAGUUAAACAGGCAGUUCAAUAUGGACGGAGAACAAUAAAUACCAARCGUUUAGAAGUGAAUGAAGCAAAUGUUUUACUGAAGAGUAAAAAUCUCACCUGUUUACAGCAGAACAAGUUUCAAUACCAGCCCCCCAUCCCAACAAACACUGGAAAUAAAACGUCUUUAUUCAAGUCUUGCAUUGUCCUGGAACUAUUUAUCACUUGUUGCUCCUUUUAUGCCUUUAAGCUCAUUAAACAUGCUUUGCAAAAGCGUAAACAUUUUGGAAUAAGAAAAAAAACCCUCUUUGAAUUUCAGUUUCAAGAUGGCCACCGGUCAGCUGACGUAAGAAAAUGCACGAAAAUGGCUCUAAUUCAGAGAGUUUUUACCGAUAUUGAGAACAUUUAGCAUUCCUUCAAGGGAUGCUGGAUUGAUUUAUUUGUCCUUAUGGUUCAGUUAAAAGUAAUUGGUCUUAGUUUUUUAUAAGUUUAAAUGAAAUAAAAAGCAAAUAAAUGAUGUUAAAACAUG